AAGCAGCUGGAAAUCGAGAUGGCGCUGUACUCAAUAUGGCGCCGUCCUUGCGGCAUUCAGUGUGACGUGGUGAAACCAAACUUAUUCGUGUUUUAUUUAUUGAAAUCAUUCGUGUAUUAUAAAGAAGAAGCGUGAUACUCCCCCUAGUAGAACAGAGAUGUUUGAGGUGACAGAUUUUCAAAAAAUCGGCAUUGGCCUCACGGGCUUUGGAAUAACGUUCCUCUUUCUCGGUGUGCUCCUCUUCUUUGAUAGAGGUCUGCUGGCUCUAGGAAAUAUCCUCUUUCUCGCUGGUUUGGCUUUUGUCAUCGGUCUAGAGCGGACAUUCCGAUUCUUCUUUCAAAAACACAAGCUCCGUGGGGCGUUUUCAUUCUUUGGUGGGAUCUUCAUCGUCAUCUUUGGCUUUCCCUUGAUUGGAAUUGUCAUUGAAACCUAUGGUUUUGUCCUGCUUUUCAGUGGAUUCUUUCCUGUUGUCAUCAAUUUCUUGAGGAGAGUGCCUCUCCUGGGAACAGUGCUCAACCUGCCUGGAAUUGGGCCAUUCAUGGACUACCUUGCCGGUGAGAAGAACAGAUCCAUAGUAUGAUGGUGGUGCAAUUAUGGACACUCCAUUCCACAAGCUCUGUAGAUCAGUGCGUGGUCAUCAGCAUCACCUUCCAUUCAUUCAUGCCAAUCACUCAUUGUCUCCGGAUUUCUACAGUAAAUAAAGUUAUGUCUUUACA